GAUUGACAACGGUCCGUCUUCCGGUUCAUUCCGCUGUGCGCAGAAGUUGCUAGUCACAGGAGCCACAAUGGCGUUUGUAGUUUCCUUCAGAUAGGGCUGUGGAUGAUAUUAAAUCCACUAGCAUCGCCCUAAAUAUAGGCCUGGUUGAUUUCCAGAGCCAUUGAUAAUAAACUGGAACAUCUACUGCACACGAAAAUACUAUGAUUUCUUAUCAAUAUUGAAUUUAUAGGGGAUAAAACUUACAUUAAAGGGAACAUGUAAACAGUACCAACCGGGUCAAGUUUUCAUUUUGUUCGAGAAACGAGCGUCUUUUAAUGAAGACAUUUGCUUGUUUCUGAAUACUAAGACCGUAAUUCUGUGGAAUAAAAACACCUUUACUUAACUUGGCACCGGACAAGGACAGCUUUCACAAAGGGACUUUUUUCUUUUUUACGAGUCGGCUCGCUAGCUGCCGAGCAUUAGCUAGCCGAGCUAGCUAAAUUGAGACGGGGGCGACACCACAAUGCUCCGAUAUUUUGUCGGGAUCUUUUUCACUCACUGACUAAUUCAAAGUACAAACUUUGCAGCACUGGAAAACUACCCUGGCAUUUUUCUGCUUUGACGAGCUGUCCUGGCGAUCUCAAUGGAAUGAAUUGGCGCUGAGGAGGACUGGACGUGAGCGGCCUGGUGUGUUUAUUUUGUGUGUAUUCUUGUCCUAUUUCUGCUUAGUAACACUUGUUUUGGAGUAGCUACUGUGCUGUGAAUGAAUUGCCCGGAACACCGAGGCCCACUCGCAGUAGAGGUACUGACGCCGGCGUGAGGGAUGCCUGGAUCGGACCGACACCAUGGGACCAAGAGGAAGCCGGAAUCUAGCAUCAGCGGAAGGCCACACCAGAUCCAGGGCCCGACUCAUACCUCUGCAGGAGACAUGACGAGCAAGGACGGCAAGGUGCAGUUAAAAUCUUCAAUGUCCUCUUCUUCAAAACGAAAACGGCAUAAAUCAACCAAACAUAAUCGUGAGUCCUCGGCUGUACUGGGACUUGAAGAUUCUACCCUCGGUGAUACGGCGCCUCCUGGUGUUAAUACGGUGAAGCCUCUGGUCGAGUACGAUGAUAUCAGCUCCGACUCGGACACUUUCUCGGACCCGCCGUCCUCAAGGCCUUCUGAGAUGGGGGGCGGGGACCGCCUGGAUAUCUCACCAGACUACGAAAGAGACGAUAUUGUCGCAGAAGCUGGCAGUAGAGAGAACAGGGGGCACAGACACAGACAGAAAAAGUCCAAGGACCCUAGUAAAGUUAGAGACCCUGGUAAUGGGGAACAUGGGUACAAGAAAAAGAGCAGCAAAGACCGCGAGAAAGGUAUUUCUGGGAAGAUUAAGGAGAAGGUUGUCCCAUCAGGCUCCUCAUCCAAACGCCAGCUUCAGGCAGAGGGAGAUGCUAAACGCGGGGAGCUGAUUCUGUCCUCGUCCCAGGUACAGCCCGCAGCCAGUGUGGGUAGCACCACUUCCUCCACAUCCUCAUCUCGCAGCAAGGAGAGCAGCCGCUCAGGGAAGACUCGCAAAGACAGGCAACAGCGAAGAGAAGGCCGAGGAGAGGGAAGCCACAGCUCAUCCCAGAGGAGCCGGGCAGACAGGACCCACCACAAGUCCUCCAAGGGCCACAAGUCAAGCCCCAAGGGCAAGUCUUCAAGUAGGGGCAGCCCUCGGAGGAAGGGCACCGGCUCUGCUUUGUCACCCAGUCCCAGGAGAGGAGCUGGCAGUGAGAGUCCACUGGGUAGCGGGUAUGGGCAGCAGGGCGAUGACAGCUACUCCAGGCGGAGGUUGACCCAGCAAAGCCCCAGUCCCUACGGGGAUAUGUCUCGCCGCAGCCGUCAAAGAUCAGACAGCCCCUACGGCAGCAGACACAGGUCAUCCAGUUUUGAGAGGGACAGCAGCCCUUAUUCCAGGAGACGCUCCAUCAGCCCCUACGGUACCCGCAGGUCCUCCAGCACCAGCCCCGUGUCUCGGCGCUCAGGCCGCUCCAGGAGCCGCUCACCUCCGCACUACUCUUCCUCUCGUCGCUCCUCAUCUCGUUCCCGCGGUAAGAGGCACACUUCCUCUGGCGGACCAGGGGGCGGCUCUCACAGUAGCCGACCAGCUAGCCGAUCUCCUCCCUCCUCCCGUCUCCCUCUGAACUCCAGCUUGGGAGCAGAGCUGAGCCGCAGGAAAAAGGAACGCCAGGCUGCUGAGGCAGCUGCUCGUGCCAGCGGUGGCGGUGCGUCCCCACCUCCGUCAGCACGCAAAGCGGCGGGCUCUACAUCUUCACGGCCUUCUAAAGCUGAGGCUUCUCAGCUAGAAAAAGACUCGGCAGCAGCAGAACCUCAGCCCCCAGCAGCGGCGCAGUUACCCCAGGAUGUUCCCAAUGCUGACGAUCAAGUUGCUGUGUCUCUGCUUUCCACUUCCACUGCCUCUCCUGCGCCACCUCCUCCACAACCCUCUCCUCCCGUGCCUCCAAGUCCAGCCACCCAGGCUCCACCACCACCUCCACCUCAAGCAGAAACGAAUAUCCAGCCUCCUUCCACCUCCUCCACAUCCCAGGGCAAAUCACCAGCUCUGUUGCCCACUAGGAGCCCCGUCCGCCAGACCCCACUCCACAAGACGUCAACUCUGCCACCCCUGCCAUUACCCCCAAUGCUGCUGGGAAACGCUCAGGACAGUCCAAAGAAGUCCACCCCUCCUCACAGGCUGUCGAGAAAGGAGAAAGAAGUUCGCAGCCGGCCUUCUUUAAUCGACCUUCCUUUACCCCCCACCUUGGCCGGAGGAGACUCCUCACCCCCUCAAUCCCCCAUCCGUCAGGCUCCUCUGCUACCCCAGACAACCCUAAAGAAGAGACCAAAGAUUUGCUGCCCGCGAUAUGGUGAGCGCAAACAUAACCUGAGUGACUGGGGCAAACGUUGUGUGGAUAAGUUCGAUAUAAUUGGAAUCAUAGGGGAAGGCACCUAUGGCCAAGUGUACAAGGCCAAGGACAAAGACACCGGUGAACUGGUGGCUUUGAAGAAAGUACGCUUGGACAAUGAGAAGGAGGGUUUCCCCAUCACAGCCAUCAGAGAGAUCAAGAUCUUGCGACAACUCAAACACCGCAGCGUCGUCAACAUGAAGGAAAUAGUCACAGACAAGCAGGAUGCGCUUGACUUUAAAAAGGAUAAAGGUGCUUUUUACUUGGUGUUUGAGUACAUGGACCAUGACCUGAUGGGCCUGCUGGAGUCAGGCCUGGUCCAGUUCUCCCAUGAGCACAUUCGCAGUUUCAUGCGCCAGCUGAUGGAGGGCCUGGACUACUGCCACAAGAACAACUUCCUGCACAGAGACAUCAAAUGCUCCAACAUACUGCUCAACAACAGAGGUCAUAUCAAACUGGCUGACUUUGGUUUGGCUCGUCUUUACAAUUCAGAAGAAAGCCGGCCAUACACUAAUAAAGUAAUCACACUAUGGUACCGCCCCCCGGAACUUCUGCUAGGAGAGGAGAGGUAUUCUCCGGCCAUUGAUGUUUGGAGCUGUGGGUGUAUUCUUGGAGAGCUCUUUACCAAGAAGCCCAUCUUCCAGGCUAACCAGGAACUUUUACAGCUGGAGCUCAUCAGUCGUCUGUGUGGGAGUCCGUGCCCUGCAGUUUGGCCUGAUGUCAUUAAACUACCCUUAUUCAACACCAUGAAACCCAAAAAGCAGUACAGACGGCGACUGAGGGAGGAGUUUGCCUUUUUACCCACUCCUGCCCUGGACUUGCUGGACCGAAUGCUGACCCUCGACCCUGCACGCCGCUGCACGUCUGAACAAGCUCUCUUCAGUGACUUCCUGUGUGACGUAGAGCCCAACAGGAUGCCACCACCAGAUCUUCCCCACCAUCAGGACUGCCACGAGCUGUGGAGUAAGAAGAGAAGGCGUGCACGUCAGAGCGUGCAAUCAGAGGAUGUGCCUGUGCCCAAAGUGCCCCGUAAAGACGCGACAGGGACCUCCAGUGGAGAGAACAGUCGACCCCAAAGCAGCCCAGCUGGACCCCCACCACCUCCCCCAGGAAAACCACCCUCCACAGCCAGCUUAGAGAGUGAGUUGUCAGAAAAACUCUCAUACAAGUGUCUAGCCUCACCUGUGUCCAGUCUUCCCACCAUCUCUCACAUUGGAGUAAGAAAGAACUCACGUCAGACGCACAAGUAUGUGCCUGUGCCAAUCCCUAGACGGACAGGGACCUCCAGUGGAGCAGAAAGUCGACCCAAGACCCAGCUGCCCCACCAGUCCCCAGGAAAACCAACCUCCACCCCUAGAAUGUCCUGCUUGUCCCCGUCAGAUGAUGCAGUGUCAAAAAGCAAACUGCUUGGGGCCAAACAGGUGCCUUCGUCAAGUGAGCAGCGUCCGCCCUCUCCGCCCGGGCCUCCUCCGUCGGCUCCUCUCCUGGGAAACUCUCAGCAGGCCGGGUCAGAGACCCAGGCCGGCAAGGACAUCAGCCCCGCAGUGGCAGCCGCCCUGCUCCAGCUCAUCUCCCAGCAGGACUCGGACGCUGGGGCGUCUCACCGCGGCAAAGAUCCUUCUCUGGAGGUGGACGCCCCGCCCCGCGGAGAGCCCCCUCCGCCCUGUUUUUCAGACUCGCCGCCUAAACCUUCGGCUGCCGCGGAGGCGCCAGCAGGACUUGUGACAGCACAGUUUCCCAAGGACCAGGAUCUUCGCUUUUCCCAUGGAGCUGCCCGCUGACUUUCAGUCCCCUGGUAGGGUAAACCUGGGAAUCAUGGGACAGCUCCAGAAGUCCUGGCCCGAGGGGGAAUGCAGAGGGACACCUACAGAGUAUGACUUACUGGACCAUGAGCAGGUAGUGAAAGUUGAAUUAAAGAUUUUCAAAGUGAAUGUCUGAUUGAAAGGGUCUGUUCUGCCCUCUGAACGAGCCAUCGUGUUUCUUUUGUCUUGGAGUUUGGUCUGAAUCGAAGCAGCCCGAUUAGCGACUCCUCCCCUCUGGACUUGAAUGAAGUGUAGCUUCCGGUACGAGUGCCACGCGGCUGACGCUCAGCUUUGAAAAGCCGGUGAUUGUCAUGUCAUGCUACAGUGCACACUCCUAACGAGUUUACCUGUGCUCUGGAGCCCUUUCUGUUGCAUUCGAGCUCUCCUGUUUUCAGCCUCGUGCCUCCAGUGUGACCCCAGCGACCCCUGAAUGAAUGCUCUCCGGCCUAGUGGGGAAGUGGGCGGGUUACGAUUCUAGUUUGGAUGGCCCUCAUGUACGUUCAUAAGGCUUUUCUUUUCUCUUUCUUUUACCCAAAGACUGUUUAGGCUAUUAUAACCUGUGAUCAGCCCAAAUGAACUGUGACUUCGCCCACCUGAAGGCAUCGCCCCCCUUUUACACGCUGCAAGCAUUUGUGUGGUAACAAGCCUACGCCUGCAGUGAUCGUACCCAAACACGGAUUAAAACCACCACAUAGUGAUAGACUGCUUCAUAAUACUCAAUAAUACACACGCUACUCUGCUAGUAUAAAGCUACAAACACGCCGAUCUUUCCAGCUUUCUCUGGUGGGCUCUGAAAUGCUCGUCUAAUGCGCCCACCUCUCACCUCCCUGCCAACUUUUGCAACAAAAAGCUUUUUCUUCCUUUAGUGCGGUUAUUUUCUUUUGACAAAGAAAAUGAUAACACACUUAAAUAAUAAUAAUAAUAAUAAUUAUAAUGGUCAAUUGUUCUGUUUCCUUUUUUUCUUGGUUUUGGAAAAAGAAAAGGCAGGAGACGACGGUUACGUGUGUCUGUAAAAAGAAAGAUUUUUGUAAGAUGUGUUUUCUUGGUUCAGUUUAUUAAAGUUAUGUGACCAGC